CAGUCUGCUGCUAAAACCUCAUCUCAAGCCGGGCUGCCACUUCACACAGGAGGGCUUUUGCCUGUGACAGUGUGUUUGCCAGCAUGGCUCCCAAAAAGAAGAUUGUCAAAAAGAACAAAGGGGACCUCAAUGAGAUGACUAUAAUUGUAGAAGACAGCCCCCUAAACAAACUGAAUGCUUUGAAUGGGCUCCUAGAGGGAGGCAAUGGCCUCAGCUGCAUUUCUUCUGAAUUAACAGAUGCUUCUUAUGGCCCCAACCUCUUGGAAGGUUUAAGUAAAAUGCGGCAGGAGAGCUUCCUCUGUGACUUAGUCAUUGGUACCAAAACCAAAUCCUUUGAUGUUCAUAAGUCAGUGAUGGCUUCAUGCAGUGAGUAUUUUUACAACAUCCUAAAAAAAGACCCAUCAACUCAGAGGGUGGACCUUAAUGACAUCUCACCACUAGGCCUGGCUACUGUCAUUGCAUACGCCUACACUGGAAAGCUGACUCUCUCCUUGUAUACAAUAGGAAGCAUCAUUUCUGCUGCUGUUUAUCUUCAGAUCCACACUCUUGUAAAGAUGUGCAGCGAUUUUCUGAUAAGGGAGAUAAGCGUUGAGAAUUGCAUGUAUGUUGUUAACAUUGCGGAAACAUACUCCCUGAAAAACGCUAAAGCAGCGGCCCAGAAAUUUAUCCGGGAUAACUUCCUUGAAUUUGCAGAAUCAGAUCAGUUUAUGAAGCUUACAUUUGAACAAAUUAAUGAACUUCUUAUAGACGAUGACUUACAGUUGCCUUCUGAGAUAGUAGCAUUCCAGAUUGCAAUGAAAUGGUUAGAAUUUGACCAAAAGAGAGUGAAAUAUGCUGCAGAUCUUUUGAGCAAUAUUCGCUUUGGUACCAUCUCUGCGCAAGACCUGGUUAAUUAUGUUCAAUCUGUACCAAGAAUGAUGCAAGAUGCUGAUUGUCACAAACUUCUUGUCGAUGCUAUGAACUACCACUUACUGCCAUAUCAUCAAAACACACUGCAGUCUAGGCGAACGAGAAUCCGAGGCGGAUGCCGAGUCCUUGUCACUGUCGGGGGACGCCCAGGACUUACUGAGAAGUCCCUUAGUAGAGACAUCUUAUAUAGAGACCCUGAAAAUGGAUGGAGCAAGCUUACAGAAAUGCCAGCCAAGAGUUUUAAUCAGUGUGUGGCUGUGAUGGAUGGAUUUCUUUAUGUGGCGGGAGGAGAAGACCAGAAUGAUGCAAGAAAUCAAGCCAAGCACGCAGUCAGCAACUUCUGCAGAUACGAUCCCCGCUUCAACACCUGGAUCCACCUGGCCAACAUGAACCAGAAGCGCACGCACUUCAGCCUGAGCGUGUUCAACGGGCUGCUGUACGCCGUGGGCGGCCGCAACGCCGAGGGCAGCCUGGCCUCGCUGGAGUGCUACGUGCCCUCCACCAACCAGUGGCAGCCCAAGAUGCCCCUGGAGGUGGCGCGCUGCUGCCACGCCAGCGCCGUCGCGGACGGCCGCGUGCUGGUGACCGGCGGCUACAUCGCCAACGCCUACUCGCGCUCGGUGUGCGCCUUCGACCCGGCCACCGACUCGUGGCAGGAGCUGCCGAACCUGAGCACGCCCCGAGGCUGGCACUGCGCGGUCACGCUGGGCGACAGGGUGUACGUGAUGGGGGGCAGCCAGGUGGGGCCGCGCGGCGAGCGCGUGGACGUGCUGACGGUGGAGUGCUACAGCCCGGCCACCGGCCAGUGGAGCUACGCGGCGCCCCUGCUGGUGGGCGUGAGCACGGCGGGCGCCUCGGCGCUGCACGGGCGCGCCUACCUGGUGGGGGGCUGGAACGAGGGCGAGAAGAAGUACAAGAAGUGCAUCCAGUGCUUCAACGCCGAGCUCAACGAGUGGACGGAGGACGACGAGCUGCCCGAGGCCACCGUGGGCGUGUCCUGCUGCACCCUCUCCAUGCCCAACAGCGUAACUCGGGAAUCCCGGGCCAGUUCGGUGUCUUCUGUGCCAGUCAGUAUCUGAUCCCAGGUAGAUGCCUGGACACAGGAAGAACACGUAAUUCGCAAGGUUAACCUCUGAGUUCCCGAAAAGGAAAAUAUGUAACAUUUACUACACUGAUUGUAAUUUGAAAUGCAUCGAGGCGUGUGUCUUAAUGGUUUUAAAUUCCUGGUA